AUGGUCGAGCUACUUAUCUUCCAAGAUGUUAUUCAGGUAGCGGCGAAUAAAGUCGAGAUUUGGUCGUGUAUUAGCCUCUAUAGGGAUAUGGUCGAGCCCGAGGCUCUUCACCCUGAGGGCUCUUCAAACGCUGGCGAUAUGCGAUAUGCAGCAUGCAUCAUGCUAGAUACCGAGAUAUUAGCUCAACUUAUGCCGGUGCCCAAAGACCUCUCCUGCAACACAACCGAGCACUUCAGAUCACCAUAUUGGGUUAAUAUGGUGGAAGCGAAGCCCAACAUCAACACCAACACCAAAGAAGCGUUCCGCGUUGCGCUCUUUGGUGAAUUCGAUCUGCUGCACUAUUGGUUUGACUGA